ACAAAGCUACGUUCUUUUUUUUAAAGUACUACUUUAUAGGUCAAAGGUUGCGGACGUACACAGUGCUCUUCGGCUCCAUUAGCAACACGCGAAAACUUCGACAAAAUGGGGAGAAAAGUGACUUUAGCGACAUGUUCCCUCAACCAGUGGGCCAUGGACUUCGAGGGAAACUCAAAGAGGAUACUUAAAAGUAUUGAAAUUGCUAAGGAGAAGAAAGCAGCCUACAGAUUAGGUUCAGAGUUGGAGAUAUGUGGUUAUGGCUGUUACGACCAUUUCUACGAGGGUGACACCCUCCUGCACAGUUAUGAGGUGUUGGCCAUGCUGCUACAGUCUCCUGUUACUCAGGACAUCAUCUGUGAUGUAGGCAUGCCCAUCAUGCAUAAGAAUGUGCUCUACAACUGCAGAGUCAUCUUCUUGAACAAGAAGAUUCUCCUCAUUCGUCCCAAGAUGCAUCUGUGUAACGAUGGAAACUACAGGGAAGAAAGGUGGUUCACUCGGUGGAUGAAGCUAAGACAGGUGGAGGAAUAUUUCCUACCCAGGAUGAUCAGUUCCAUAACAGGACAGAAAACCGUUCCAUUCGGAGAUGCAGUAAUUUCCACCCGGGAUACCUGUAUUGGUAGUGAGACUUGUGAGGAACUAUGGGCACCAAGCAGUUCCCAUAUUGCACAGAGUCUGGAUGGAGUAGAAAUCUUCACCAACGCCAGCGGGAGUCACUUCAGUCUGAGGAAGGCUUAUGUACGAGUAGACCUGGUCAAGUCCGCAACUGCCAAGUGUGGAGGGAUCUACUUGUUUGCGAACCAGAAAGGCUGUGACGGAGACCGCCUGUACUACGACGGCUGCGCAAUGAUUGCUAUCAAUGGCAGCUUUGUUGUGCAAGGCUCGCAGUUCUCGCUGGAUGAGGUAGAGGUCCUCACUGCUACACUAGACCUGGAGGAUGUCAGGAGUUACAGAGGGAACUUUGCCUCAAGAGCACGGGCUGCCGCCCAAUCGGAGCCCUACCCCAGGGUCAGGACAGAUUUCUCCUUGUCUAAAGACGAUGACAUCUUCCUGCCAUCGUACGAGCCCGUGGAAUGGCGGUACCACAGUCCAGAGGAGGAGAUAUCGCUAGGCCCUGCCUGCUGGCUCUGGGACUACCUCAGGAGAAGUGGGCAGGGAGGUUUCUUCCUGCCGCUGAGUGGAGGUAUUGACAGUUCCUCCACAGCCUGUAUCGUGGCAUCAAUGUGUCACCUGGUCUGUCAGGCUGUUACCAAUGGAGAUGCCCAGGUCCUGACAGAUGUGAGGAGGGUAGUCGGAAAUCCUGACUACGUCCCACAGGAUCCCCAGGAACUUGCAGGAAGAAUCUUCGUUACCUGUUAUAUGGCCAGUGAAAACUCUUCAGAGGUCACCAGAAACAGGGCGCGGCUGUUGGCGGAGCAAAUCGGCAGCUGUCACCACUCUAUCCAGAUCGACACAGCUGUCAGUGCGGUGAUCGGCAUAUUCACAGCAGUCACCGCUGUUGUACCGAAGUUCAAAGUUCACGGCGGCAGUCCUAGAGAGAACCUAGCUCUACAGAAUGUACAGGCCCGUUUACGAAUGGUGCUGGCGUACCUGUUUGCCCAGUUGUCCCUGUGGGCACAAGGUCGACCAGGGGGCCUACUGGUACUGGGUUCCUCUAAUGUGGAUGAGAGUCUCCGAGGCUACAUGACGAAGUAUGACUGCUCCAGCGCUGACAUUAACCCCAUAGGUGGGAUCAGUAAGACUGACCUGAGGGCCUUCAUACGCUUCUGUGUGGACAAGUUUGGCUUCACUGCGCUCGAGGAAAUAUACGGCGCUCCACCAACAGCUGAACUCGAGCCUCUUGCUGAAGGCCAGAUUGCCCAAACUGAUGAGGAGGACAUGGGGAUGACGUAUGAAGAACUGUCCAUAUAUGGUCGCCUGAGGAAGAUGAUGAAGUGUGGACCUUACAGCAUGUUCUGUAAACUCAUCCACACAUGGAAGAACACAUGUAGCCCUGCACAGGUUGCAGCCAAAGUGAAACAUUUCUUUAGGUCCUACUCGAUCAAUCGUCACAAGAUGACAACCCUGACUCCGUCGUUCCACGCAGAAAACUACAGCCCCGACGACAAUCGCUUUGACCUGCGGCAGUUCUUGUACAAUGUGGCGUGGACAUGGCAGUUCAGGGCGAUAGACAAACAGGUUGAGACACUGGAGAAAACCAAGCCUACCUCCAACACAGGGGAACCUGCCUCAUCAUCUCAGGAUUGAUGUAAAUUUAAAAAUUAGGAAGAGUAGUCUUUGAAUGAGUAUACUUUAAAAGGAUCCAUGGAAUACUGAAUAUGUUUUACUUUGAUAGAGGUUCAUGUACAUGCAAGGAUCGGAAAGCAGAUUGUCUUGUACGUGAAUAGGCAUGUUUGUAUUUCAAAGUACUACAUGUAUGUACAAUUAAUGAUGUAACCAUAAUUUUAGUUCUGGUUGUAACUUCCUUUUCUGUACUGUACCUGUAAUCUUUAUGAUGAAUGUGAAGAAAAGCUGCUAUAUACAUUGAGGAAUUUGUACAAUUUAACAGUUCUGUUAGUACCUUUUAUGAAAAUGAUGCCAACUUUAAAAUUUGCCAUGACCCUACUUUCAAAGGUUGAGCAAGAGCUGACAAUGAGUGUGUCACAAAAUAAUAGUGUCAACACAGUUUGCUGUUCACAGGGAAGUCUUGGUCCUUUUUUGGGCAACCUACCAAUGCAGCAAAAUUGCUCAUGGUGCUUGUUGUACAGAAAUGUCAUCAAAGAAAUGCAAGUAAGGUACAAUUUUAAAGGAAAAUAUGCAAGCUGUCCAGUCACAUAGCACUUACAAUUUUAAUCAUUACAAAACAAUGGAUAUGAUCAAGAAAAAUUUCUGCACUUUCGCAAUCUACUCAGAAAUACUGUAAAUGCAUUUAAGUUCGCGGGGAUUUAAUUUCGCGGUAGCGGGAAAAAGGACUUUUCGCGGUGGAUUUAAGUUCGUGGUAACACCAUAGACUGCAGUCUAAUACCAUGAUAGAAAAAUGUUCGCGGCGGUUGUAAUUUCGCGGUGAAGUGGUCACCGCGAAAACCGCGAACAUUUAUCCACCGCGAACAUUUCUGCAUUUACAGUAUGCCCUUGUGCUCAUGAAUGUAUCAUCAUAACUAUUAAAAGGAAUAUCAUAGCAAUAGGCACUUAAAAAUGGAAGUAUUUACUGAGAUAUUAUCGCCGUCAAUCAUGUUCCUGAACUGUUCACAUUGAGUUAUCUUGUGCAAUUUAGUUGACUGUAUUGUAGAAGCAGGAACCCCCUUCAGAUUUCUUGAGUGAGGUAUUUUGACGCAUUGCAGAAUUAUACACGACACACAUCUUGUCAAUUACAUGCAUUUCACAACACUCAGAGAUAUUUGUUCCUUUUGUACUGAAUAUUUACCAAUGAUUUUACCUGUAUCUCAGGAAGGUGUAGUGUAAACUUUGAUGCUUUUGCAUGAUUUCAGGGAUUUAUAAAGCUCAGCUCAGCUCAAGAAUCAAAUUCGUCUUCUCAAUUUGUAAUAUUGUUUCCGGUCUGUUUGUCCUAGUAUGUGUUAUUUUACCAUUGCACAGUGGCAGGAUGUACGAUUGUAAAAUGGAAACAUGCAAUAAAUUGGAUAGCAUAAUACGUAAUUGGAUACCUCAAACCUCAAUAAAUGAAACAAGAAAUGCAUAAAAGCAACUAUUUAACGUCUCGUUCAACAUGCAUUUCCUAAGAAGUUUAAAUUUUGCACAUGCUCCUUUACUUAGAAAUGUAACGAAAUAAAACAUACUUUCCUUGA